AUGAAGGUUGAAGAGCUGAUAAUUGAUGGGUUCAAAUCAUACGCGACCAGAACCGUGAUCUCACAUUGGGAUCCCCAGUUCAAUGCUAUAACGGGUCUCAAUGGCUCGGGAAAGUCAAAUAUUUUAGAUGCAAUCUGCUUUGUUUUAGGUAUAUCCUCUAUGGCAACUGUCAGAGCAUCAAAUUUGCAGGAUUUAAUAUACAAACGCGGUCAAGCGGGUGUCACGAAAGCAAGCGUUACAAUUGUAUUUGAUAACCUUGACAAGAGCAACUCUCCGAUUGGCUUCGAAAGUUAUCCUAAAAUAUCUGUUACACGUCAAAUUAUACUAGGUGGAACCAGCAAAUAUCUGAUUAAUGGGCAUAGAGCACAACAGCAAACUGUACUACACUUGUUCCAAUCCGUUCAACUUAAUAUUAAUAAUCCUAACUUUCUCAUCAUGCAGGGGAAAAUCACCAAAGUACUGAACAUGAAACCUACAGAAAUCUUAUCUCUGAUCGAGGAAGCAGCUGGAACCAAGAUGUUCGAGGAUAGAAGAGAAAAGGCAGAGAGAACAAUGGCUAAGAAAGAGACAAAACUGCAGGAAAUAAGAACCUUGUUGGAAGAAGAAAUAGAGCCUAAAUUAGAGAAAUUACGGAAUGAAAAGAGAGCUUUUCUGGAGUUUCAAGAGACCCAGACUGAUAUGGAAAAUACUUUGAGGAUAGUUAAUACCUUCAUCUAUAACGACCUCCUUACAAGAAGAGAUUCGAUGAAGGAAACGUUGGAAACUGGAGAGUCCCGCCUCGAGUACCUCAAUGUUAAUGUGGCUAAAACCAAAGCAGAAAUCAAGAGUUUGGAAGAAGAUCUUGAGACUGUAAGAAUACAAAAACAGACAGAAUUUCAAAAAGAUAGCAAGCUUGCCGUUUUAGAGAGAGAGGAAAAUGAUCUCAAAAGUGAGGUAUCCAGACUAAGCACAGCUUUAGGAAUCAAUGAAGAGAAUGUUAAGGAAGAAAAAGCGAAACUUUCUAAACUUCAACAGAAUCUAAAUGAGAACGAGAGCACCUUAUCAGGAAAGUCUAUCACUUUCAAGCGAACUGAAGCAGAACACAACGCGCUGGAGUUGGAGGUUAAAAAGCUAGAGGAACAGUUACGUUCUAAAGAAGAGCUCCUUUCAACCUUAACAACCGGUAUAUCAUUAACGGGAAACACCGAUAGUGGCUAUAGUGCGCAACUAUCUGCUGCUAAAACGAAGCUCAACAACGCCGAGAUCAAAAUCAAAGAAAAUAAUAUGAAGAUUGAGAUUCUGAGGAGAGAAUUGCUCACGAAUGAGCCAAGAAUCAAACAGGCAGAAAUUGAGGACAAUCAGGCUCGUGAAGAAAUCAAAAAUUAUCAAGAAUCGUGUGCGAAACUCGAAAAACAACUGGUUGAGCUUGGAUUCGACCAGGAGUUAUUAAGAGAGUUACGUGAAAGAGAAAGUAGGUUGAAAACUGAUAUAUACCACGUGUCAGCUGAUCUUGAGUCGUUCAGACGAAUGCUUGCCAAUAUCGAAUUCAACUACGCGAAGCCUAGCAUGGAGUUUGACCCCCACUCUGUUAAGGGUGUCGCCGCUCAGCUCUUCACACUUGAUGAGAAAAAUUUUGAUAGUGCUACCGCCUUACAAGUGUGCGCAGGUGGCCGACUAUUCAAUGUUGUUGUGGACAACGAGAAAACAGCCUCUCAAUUACUCGAAAGGGGCAAACUACGAAAAAGGGUCACAAUUAUUCCUCUUAAUAAGAUCUCGGCUAGAAGGCUCAAUGAACAGACGUUACGUCUUGCCAAAGAUAUUGCGCCCAACGGUGUUGAAUUAGCUCUUAAUCUUAUAGGAUACGAAGAAGAGGUCACACGGGCGAUGGAGUUUAUAUUCGGCACUAGCUUGAUCUGUAAAGAUGCCAAUAUUGCAAAAAAAGUCACAUUUCACCCCCAAGUACGAGCAAGAAGUAUCACGUUACAAGGAGACGUUUAUGAUCCCGAGGGAACUUUGUCUGGCGGAAGUAGAAACAAUAAGAGCUCUCUGCUUGUUGACAUUCAAAAAUAUAACCUGGCUUCUAAGCGAAUGAAAAUAAUGGAAGAUGAACUGACAUCGGUACAAAAUAAAAUCAGAGAAAAUAUGGAGAUAUCAGCAAAAACACGUACCAUUCAAAACGAGCUCAAUUUGGCAACCCACAAAUUGAGAUUAGUUCAAAAAAACUUGGAUUCGAAUCCUGCUACGCAAAUUAUUAAGAGAAAUAAUGAGAUAAAAGAGCAAAUAUCUAGAUGCGAGGAAGAUAUUAUGGAGCAAAAGAGAAGUAUCGACCACUAUUCGCGUGAAAUAUCAAGAAUCCAGAAUGAUAUAGAUGAGUUCAGUAAAGAUAAGGGAUCCAAAUUAGAAGAAUUAAAAUCGGAAAUAGGAAGAAUCAGCGAAACAAUUGAAGUUCAAAAGAAGGUGUUUGAAGAUAAAUAUGAACUUUUUCAAACUUUACAGCUUGAAACGGAUCAGUUGGAAUCAGAUAUUCAGUCAUGUCGACGUGAAAUUGAUGAGCUCAAUUCUUCCUUAGUGGACCUGAAAAAGUCGAAGGUAUCAAUCAUCGAAGAUCUUGAUACCAAGAAGCAAGAUUUAGAACAAACACAAGAGAGGCUUUCUGAAGAAAGACAGCGCUUAAUCGGGAUUGAUGAAGAAUUGAGAGAGUUGCAGAAAUUAAUUAAAGCGAAAGCUUCCUCAUUGGCUAAUUAUGAGCUUGAGCAUCAAAAGUUAAGUCAUGAUUUGCAUAAGUUUAAAUCUAGCACGCAUGGCAUCGAACAGAGUAUCAAGAAUUUGGAGGAUACAUCAGAAUUUUUGAAAAACAAAGGAUUAGUUUCCAGUAUCAUUGCUCAAAAUAGGGGUAUUAAUCUUGAAGAGUAUCGACAACGCGGUGAACAGCUUAAAGAAAAGUUUCAGGGUAUGAAACGGAAAAUAAAUCCUAAUAUUAUGAGCAUGAUCGAGAAUGUUGAAAAGAAGGAAUCCGCUCUGAGGACGAUGAUAAAAACGAUUGAGAAAGAUAAAACAAAAAUUCAAGAAACUAUCAGCAAGCUAAAUGAGUAUAAGCGAGAAACACUCAUAAAAACGUGGCAAAAAGUGAGCGUGGACUUCGGACAGAUCUUCGCAGAUCUACUACCUAACUCAUUCGCAAAGUUAGUCGCAGUGGAAGGAAAAGACAUCACAGAGGGCUUGGAAGUAAAAAUUCGCCUUGGGAGUAUUUGGAAAGAGAGUUUAGUUGAGUUAUCUGGUGGUCAACGAUCGCUGAUUGCGCUCUCAUUGAUCUUAGCUCUUUUACAAUUUAAGCCAGCCCCCAUGUAUAUCCUGGAUGAAGUGGACGCUGCUUUGGACUUAAGUCAUACUCAAAACAUCGGCCAUCUGAUCAAAACGAGGUUUAAGGGAUCACAGUUCAUAAUUGUAUCACUGAAGGAAGGAAUGUUCGCAAAUGCUAAUAGAGUUUUCAGAACGAGGUUUCAAGACGGAACCUCAGUGGUGAGUGUUAUGUGA